AGAAGCUUUGCGAGCAUUGCGACUCCAAGCAGCGACGAUCAUGUCGAGAUCAUCGAGGUCGGGGCUCGCGAUGGGCUACAGAACGAGAAACAGGCGAUUCCCUUGGAGACGAAAAUUAAGCUCAUAGAACGGUUGGCGCAAACAGGACUGAAGACCAUCGAGGUAGGGUCGUUUGUCUCGCCGAAGUGGACACCGCAAAUGGCUAACUCAUCCGAAAUCCUACAACACGUCUUAGAGACUCCUCCACAAUCUCCCCAUCCCAUCUCGUACCAGUUCCUUGUACCCAACCAAAGAGGCUUCGAUAAUUUCUUGUCCACAUAUUCUCGGCUGGGCUACGUCUCCAAAUCCUCUAAUUCAGAGGAAACUGCCGGGUACGUGGCCAAUGACAAACGCUUGCCUUCUGCAAUCGGAACCGUAGACGUCUCCCUCUUCACGGCCGCCACCGAAUCGUUCACCCAGAAGAACACAAACUGCAGCAUAUCCGAAUCACUAGACCGCUUCCGCCCGAUCGUCACGGCGGCGAAAGCGCUCGGACUUCCCGUCCGGGCAUACAUCUCCGUCGCCCUCGGCUGCCCGUACGAAGGACCCGUCGCACCACAAAACGUUUCCGAGCUCGCGAUCAAUUUGCUGGAAAUGGGGGCGGACGAGAUCUCCGUGGCCGACACCACGGGAAUGGGAACACCCACGACGACGCGGACGCUCUUGAAAACGCUCAAAGCCGCGGGGAUCGAAAUGCCGGAUAUCGCAUUGCAUUUCCAUGACACGUAUGGACAAGCGUUGCCGAACGCGCUGGUGUCGUUGGAGUAUGGCGUGCGGAAGUUCGAUGCGGCGGUGGCGGGGUUGGGGGGAUGUCCGUACAGCCCGGGCGCCACCGGAAACGUCAGUAGCGAGGAUUUGGUGUACAUGAUGGAGAGCCUGGGGGCGCGGACGGGGGUGGAUUUGGGGGCGUUGAGUGAGGUCGGCGACUGGAUUAGCCACGAAGUAGGCCGACGGAAUGAAAGCAGGGCGGGGAAGGCGCUGCUCGCGAAGAGGAAGAAG